AUUUCUCUCCUCUGACUCUUCCUUAUAAAUAACGCAUAUGAGCCAUUAAAGAGUUUCACAUCUAUUUUUACGCAAAAAAGACUAAAAAGAAGAAAAAAAAUGAAUAUGGCAAAGGCAAAAGAAGAGAUCAAACCCAAAAGGAAGAAAAGUCUCAUGAGCUUCUACAAAUUCUCAACCACCAUUUCGAAGCAUUCACUCAUAAACCCUAAAUCCAAACACAACAAAAUCCCGAUUCCAACAACAUCAGUAUCCCAACAAGAAGAGGUAUCAAAACCAACCAUCGUCCUAUCUAACAAAACGCAAAACCAUCUGAUGAUGAGAGACAUCUUCGAGUUAGAGACUAGUGGUGGUAAUGAAAGAAAGAAAGGCGGUGGUGCGGCGGAGGAAGGGAGGAAAUCGGUGUCGCACGUGGAGAGGGAUACGGCAGCGAGGAUAGCAGCAGCGGCGGAGAUGUUAACGGUGAGGAUAUUAGCGGCGGACAUGCCGGGGUUUAUGCAGGCACAUGCGUUUAGGUGUGCGAGAACGACUUUAGAUAGUUUGGAGAAGUUUAGUUCGAAGCACAUGGCUUUCAAUCUCAAGAAGGAAUUUGACAAAGGGUAUGGACCAGCAUGGCAUUGCAUAGUGGGGUCAAGUUUCGGGUCAUUCGUGACACAUUCCACAGGUUGUUUUCUUUAUUUCUCAAUGGACAAACUCUACAUUCUCCUCUUCAGAACCAAAGUUCGUUCUGCUUCUCCCCAUUGAUCAUCUCGUCGAUCUCUUUAGGCCGUAACUUAUACCAAUCGUAAUCAAAAAGGCUUACUGUAAAUUCACUAUUCCAUGUUUUUUAUAUAAUAAGAUGUUAUUAUAUAAGGAUGGAACAACGAUUCCUAGUUUUAUAUGUUGUCCACUUUUUUUGGAUUAUAUGUUAAUUUA